CACAUCUUGCCUCUUUACCCCACCAUCUCUUCAUUAUCGGGCAAUUAGCGAGCACUGCACCAUGAUUAUUGCGGGAGAGCGACCGCUGACGGUGACCCUUCCUGAUUUUGGAAUGGGCACGUAUGUUGUGGUGGGAGCUUCGCUCUUCCUCACCUACCGCACCCUUCACCAGCUCAUCAUUUAUCCCUACCUGUUCUCCCCUAUCCGCAACGUCCCCGGUCCUCCCCUCGGUAGCGAUGGACUUCCAAGCACUGUUUCGUCCAAUCCAUCCGGCAAUUGGCUCACCCGAAAGCUAUGGACCCUCCUCGCUGGCCACUUCCCCGCUAUCAUCAGGAGCGAAGCCGGCGUGCUGCAGCGGGAAUGGGUCAAGCAGUACGGGCCCGUCGUACGUGCGGUGGGCCCACUGGGGAUCGAGCGCCUGAUAUUCACCUCGCAUGAGGCCCUGCAUAAGAUCUUGCAGGAGUCGGUAGAUCAUCCAAGGCCCGACUUCAUGCGCAACGUCUUGGGGAUUGUGGCAGGCAAUGGCCUCUUGACCGUCGAGGGGCAAGAACAUAAGCUCAUGAGGAAGGUGAUGAAUCCGGCGUUUUCGCUGCCUAAUUUGGCCGCUCAGACGGACAUGUACUACGAGGCCAUUGACGGCCUCCUUGAGAUCAUCGGUGCGCAGGUCGACGCGGAUAGGUCGGGAACGAAGGCGCCCAUAGUUCAUAUGUAUGAGUGGAUGAGCAAAGUCACCCUCGACAUCAUCUGCGAGACCGCCUUCGGCUACCGCACCGACUCCCUGCACAACCCGCACAACGAGCUCGCGGAGGCGUACGAGGAGCUCGUGAACAUGCAGGACGGCCGCAUGCUCGCGCGGUUCAUCGCGCUCGUGAGCAUCCCCGGCGCGGCGAGGUUCUUGCAGUCAGACAUGGCGUAUCGGUGGCGGGAGGUACUGGGGAAAUUUGUGCAGCCCCAAACCCGCAUCCUCCUGGAAUCCAUGCAUCGCAUCAAGCGCGUCUCCGCCGGCAUUCUCGAGGAGAAGAUGAAAGAAGCGCACUCCGCGCCGGGCGAUUUCGAGACGAAGAAGGAUAUCAUGAGUAUCUUGGUGCGCGCGCGGAUGGCGGAAGAAAAAGCCAGUGAGGGUAGGAAAGUGGGAUAUGCGAUGAGCGAUGGGGAGAUGAUGGAUCAGGUCCUCACCUUCCUCGGUGCGGGGCAUGAGACGACGGCUUCUGGGUUGGCUUGGACCCUCUGGCUGCUCGCCAAAGACCCUGAAAGUCAACGCUGCCUCCGCGACGAGCUCAAACCCGUCUACGACGUGAACCCGCAUCCUGACUAUCGCACGUUGAAGGAUUUGAAGUUUUUGGAGUGUGUGGUCAUGGAAAGCCUUCGCCUCAUGCCACCCGUGCCUAUGACGUUCCGCAAGGCGGCGAAGACGGACUACAUCGACGGCGUGCUCGUGCCGAAGGGGACGGUGUUCUAUGUGCCAAUCCGCGUCGUCAACACCAUGCGCUCCUUCUGGGGCCCCGACGCUGAGGAGUUCCGCCCCACGCGCUGGCUCGACCCGCCCAAGAGCGCGCACUUCCAGUCGUUCAUUGCCGGCCCGCAUGCUUGCAUUGGGAAGACGAUGGCGAUCAUUGAGAUGAAGGCGAUCUUGGCAGCCCUCGUUGCCCAAUUCGAGUUCGAGCCCGCGUGCGAAGGGCAGGUACCGCAGCCGACUGCAGCAGUGACGAUGAAACCGAAGGACGGAAUGCCGCUGCGCGUCAGGCGGGCCUGAAUAACUAUUCUCUCUGUCCCCCAAGGCCUGCGCCGUCAUAAAUGUACAGUAUCUCUAUCCCAUGGCCCCUUCUCUUGUAUCAGUACAUUAUCCAUAUACUCAGCCUCUUUGCUCAAUCUCCAGCCCAUGAUUCACCCUCCACAGCACAUCCAGUAUGAACCGGCUGAACGUGCUCCCCUCCGUCCCCACCGCCACCUUCGCCUGCCCCACAAUCAUCGCGUCUAGGAAGGGCAGCAGGAAAGGCUCCAUCGCCAGUCCGUCGUAGCCGUUCUUCAAUCGCCGGAGUCCAGCCAGCUCCGCCUCGUAGUCGCCCAGAAGGUGCGUGCAGGGGAACGUGCGGAAGAAGCCCGCGAGGUCAGGGUCGUUCUCCGGAUCGGGGAUAUCGGUAGACAGAAAGACGGGUACGUUGUACUUGCGCAGGUCCUUAGGGUGCGGCC